AUGGACAACGGCACUAGGGUUACAGAAUUCCAGCUCCUUGGGUUCCAUAGUUCCCCUCGCUGGCAGAUGCUGCUUUUUAUGAUGUUUUUGGUUAUCUACAUCUUAACCAUUGCAGGAAACAUCAUCAUUAUCUUUGUUGUGAGGCUUGAGUCCCAGCUCCACUCACCCAUGUAUUCCUUCCUCAAGAACCUCUCCUUCUUGGAGAUCUGGUACACAAGCACCAUUGUGCCAAAGAUGCUGGCCAGCUUCCUGAUGAAGAAGAAGAAUACCAUUUCUUUUGCUGGAUGUAUUGCACAACUCUACUGCUUUGUCUUCCUAGGGGCCACGGAGUGCUUCCUCCUUGCAGUGAUGGCAUAUGACAGGUACCUUGCUGUGUGUGACCCACUGCAUUACACAGUGAUCAUGAGCACUGCAUCUUGUACCCGUCUGGCUGUGGUAUCUUGGGUGACUGGUAUCUUCACUGGGCUUUUACCCUCCUUGUUAAUCUCCAGGUUAGAUUUCUGUGGCCCCAAUCAAAUCAACCACUUUUUCUGUGACAUCUCUCCAUUGCUCAAGCUCUCCUGCUCGGACACAUCCAUCACUGAGGUCUUCAUCUUUAUCCUCUCCAUCCUCAUCCUCAUCAGCUGCUUCCUGCUGACACUAGUCUCAUACAUCUUUAUCAUUCUAAGCAUCCUUCAGAUCCCCUCUGCCUCAGGAAGAAGGAAGACCUUCUCCACCUGUGGCUCACACCUUGCUGUGGUUGCCAUUUACUAUGGCACAAUGAUCUCCAUGUAUGUCCAUCCCACCUGUAACCUGUCCUCAGAGCUCAAUAAGGUUAUCUCUUUGUUCUACACAGUGGUCACCCCUGUCCUGAACCCUGUCAUUUAUAGCCUGAGGAACAAAGACUUCAAGGAGGCCCUGAGGAAAAUAAUCAGAAGACACUGUAGUCUUCAAUGA